AACCCUGUCUGUCAGUGAAGCUGUUUCAUGUUUCACACCACAUUUCCCCUCAUCGAUCCGAUAGAAGAUCGAUACCACAGCAUAGCUUCCCUCUGGCACGAUUUGCAAUAUGCUCACAUAAUCUGUAGGCCAAUAUUUGACAUGGUGAUAAAAAAUGCCGGAAUGGACGGUACUACAGGUGUUGAACACAGGUAGAGUUUAGUCACAUGAUCUACAAAUAGUAACACUGCGGCGAUUAGGUCUAGGUCUGGCCGUGUUAUCAGUUGAAUGUGUGUGUGUGCCACAUGCAUAUUCAUUACCACAUUCUUCUCUGGGUUCUAUAUCAAAGUCCGAGUAAGGCUUCCUAGAUCAUUGAGACUGUUGUCGGACGAACGAGAGGAUGUAAGGUGUAUGUCGAAUUACCGGAACUAUAAUCAACAGUUUGGAAGUUUUAUUUACAAAUGGACUAUAGUGUACUUAAAGGCAAUUGACAACCUGGUGUUCCCAAAUAAUACUUCGUGGUCAUACAUAGACACUGUCUUAGCUGGUUGAUCGACUUCACAUGUAAACAUUUCUUAGUGCUGUUCUACCUGUAAUUAUGACACACGGAACGUUCCACAGAGCAGCAAGGGAUGGGUACCUGGACCCCCUCAGCCGGGCUACGAGAAAGGACCUUAACACAACUGACGAAGAUGGUAUGACCCCCACCAUGUGGGCGGCGUCCUAUGGAAACCUAGCCGCUCUAAGGAUGAUAGUUGGUCGAGGGGGCGACCCAGACAAGAUGGAUUUGAUGGGAUUUUCAUCUCUCCAUCACUCGUGCAAAAGUGGGCACAUCAACGUGGCCUCUUUCCUUAUCAACUACGGCGCUAAUAUUUGGGCAAUGGACAACGACUUCAAAACGGCUCAGGACAUAGCUGCUCUUUGGGACAAAACAGAAAUUGUUAAAUUACUGGACGAUGCCAAAGCACAACAGCAAUCCCUAAAUCCCAGCAUUGUCAAAAAACUCUGUGCGAAGGCCUUCGAAGAUGCUGAAAGGAACGGCAAACGACAUGAAAAACGAAAUAAGGAAGCACAGAAAAUCGCGGAAAAAGAAGAUUCUAAACGAUUGCGUCAUACUGACCCGGAUUUCAAACCUCCUACAAAGAUGAAUGUGUUCAAGACUUUGACAAUGAAGUUUCGCUCCAAUAAUCGAAAAUACAAUGGAAACGAUCGUACAAAUGUGCAGACAUUUUCUGACAUUGCUAUUGGUACAAAAUCACGUGGUACAAAAAAGAAAAUAUUGCUUAAACAAAGUAAUGGUUUCGAUACACAUUCGGUGAUGGAUUUUAAAACGAGCGAGUUUGACGGUGAAGGGAAUAGAACCUUGAGGUCUAUGAAGGGUACAAAUGGCUACCGGAAGAAUUCAGAUGUUAUGUACCUAACUAACAAAGAGUCAGAUAAUGGCGCUGCGGCCUCUGGAAGCAGACCGGCUUUGGCGAACGUGUUCAGUCUUCCCAAACAAAAGUGGAAAAGCGAGUCCGAUCUCAUUGACUCCGGAACAGAGUCGAUUGGCUCUACCCACGGUAACGAAGACGACUCUGACCAACCGGGAAUGUUUAGGAACGCACUCGGCACUUUAUCGUUUUUGCAUACGCGACAAGGCCUUACUGGAACGCUCAACGGAUUUACAAAAGCUUCUUCAUACGACUUCUUGGAUGAGAUCGGCGACGACCUUGGCAUCCCAGAAGAACAAACAAGGGAAAACAAUCGAGACAGCUUAGGAUCAGACAGCAUCGGUACCACAACGAGUUUAGAGGAACGCCUUCAGGGCCCUGUACCAUGGAAAGACGAUGAUGACCUUCUCAGCGAUGACGACGAAGACCAAUCGGAGUUCUCUCCCCUAGUUCGGUUCUUAGAAUCGUGUGGGAUGAGUAACUACACUUACGUUUUCACGAACGAGGACACGGACUUGGAUGCGUUGAUGCUACUUACUGAUGAGGAUUUCACCAGGUUAGGGCUUCGACUGGGUCCGCAGAGAAAACUUAAGGAAGCGAUAAAGAAAAGAAAGCAAGCGCUUGAAAGUCCAUCUGCCAUGUUGGAUACACAUCUAUAGAUUAUUAAGAUCUUUAGAGAACUAACUCUUUAUAAAUUAGUGCUUGUGAUGUACAUUGCCAAAUGUCAGACGAUGCAAACGUUUGCAAGACAUCUGAAAGUGUUGUUGUUCUGAAAUAGACAAGGUAUAUUUAAUUUAUCGCCAUGGGAAUCAGUAUUAUUAUGUACAUAUGCUUGAUCAUAACUGAAUACAAUAAGAGAUGUAGAAACACAUCAUUGGUGAUAAGCCUCUACCUUUUAAGUAAUGAAUUUAAACCAGCCUUUGGAAGGAAAUAUUAUAAUUGCAUGACAGCUGUGUAUAUACCCAAAUAAGGUGAUUAUGAUAUAGACGGAUGCAAUAUGAAUAUAUACAUUGAUUUUGGCGACGUUCAAAUUUCAUUAAGAACUUCACAGCCAAUAACGGUUAUGACUUGGAGCCGCCCAUUCUUAAUCCCAUUGAUUGUCAAGCUUAUUGCUACAUAAAUCAUACAGAGUGUAAAUGUCAAACGAAGGGAAGCAACUCUAGUACAUCCGAAUGAAUUCCUCCUUUAUUCAUUAAAAAAAUGUAUUUUUUAUUUUUAUUAUCAAAUUGUAUUUAUUUUCUCAGAUAUACUUAUCAUUCAGUCACUGAUACAACCAUAUGAGGUAUACUUAGAUAUACACCCAAGUUUAAUACAAUAUUUAUGAUUACAACAUUAGUCCAUAUAUAUAAUUUGUAAAGCAAACCGUUCCUGCUUUUAUACAGUCGAGAGUUUGUAUAGAAUGCAUUUUACAAAAAGCUGGAAAACCUUUCAGACCAAUUUGUCUAUAGCGACCCAACUCAUCUGUAGAUAUCGUCAUCUUUAAAUAUUAUAUCAUAUAACUUGCUGUUUCAGUUAUUGGUCCUUAAUUUUGGAGCCAUUGCACUUUUACACAUGUGUAGCUUUUAAAAAACAUUGAAAUUAUUUAUUCAGAAGUUUCCAUAAAAUCAUUUGUAUAUAAAUUAUAACCAGAGAAAUGCUUUUAAAUGUUUUGCAAAAUCUAGUUUCGAGCACUUCGGGCUUACCUGACUUUAAGACAUUAAAGGGAAGCAACUCUUGUAUUUUUUCUCCGUUUGUCCAAAAUCAAUGGUUUCAGCAUUAACACAAAUCAUUAAUCCAGUCAAAGUUGUUGUAUAAAUUUCAUCUUUAUCAUUUAUCACAUCAGUAUCAAUUAUGGAUGUGUGAGGGUUUCAUAUAUGUUUUACAAUGGAUUAUCUCUAUUUUAUUAAAUUUUACACAAAAAAUA